CUGUCAAUAGGGCCCUAAUUUAAAGGGCCCAUUUAUUUGGCCCCCUAUAAAGCCCCAAUAUAGCUGGCCCCCUUUUAAAAAAAUUUAAACAAAUUAUUUUUGGUCCAGCCCUGUGUUAUCUUUUUAAAUUAUUGGCCCCCUCUUGGGGCCUUACUAUUGGGCUAAAAAAACGAGAAACCCAAAACGCAUAAUGCAUCUUCUCCGCCGCAGAAACAAGCAGAAAGAAAACACGCAGAAACAAAAUAACCCUUUCUCCUUCUCCGCCGCACCGCAUCUUCUUCUCCGCCGCACCGCAUCUUCUUCUCCGCAGAAACAAAACACGCAGAAAGAAAAACACGCAGAAAGCAAAAUCGCGAUGCAUCUUCUUCUCCGCCGCACCGCCGAACCGAAUUUCUCUUCUUCCUCAUCAAUAUUUCCAUAACCCAGAAACACAAUUUCUCCAAAUUCAUAUAUAAAUUCAUGUCUUCCCUUCAUUCUCUUCCAAACCCAGAACCACAAUUUCUCCAAUCCAAGUGAAACACAGAAAAUACAGUAUGGAUGCUAUGGAUAUAAAUGCGGAUCUUGAAGAUUUAGAUAAUAAUCUGUCAACUCUUUGGAAUAUUUUUGAAAAAAUCGGCAAAGAUCAAAGUGGCGUCGAAAAGGCGAUAUGCAUUUAUUGUUAUACUGAAUUUUCCAUCGGAAAAAAUCCUAUUUCAGGUCAGAAUUAUGGAACUUCACAUCUAACUCGCCAUGUUUUUAUUUGUAAAAAUUUCAAGUUGAAUCUUCUUAGUCUAGAAAAACCCCCACUUCCAUUCAACCAAAAAAUUCAUCGUGAUUUGCUUGCGGAAGCCAUUAUCGCACAUGAUCUUCCUUUUAGCUUUGUUGAGUAUGAAAAAAUCCGUGCUUGGGUGGAGUACUUGAAUCCUUCUGCUGAAAUGGUGUCUAGGAAUACUAUUGUGUCGGAUAUUGAAAAAAUAUACGACAAAGAGAGGAUCAAACUUAAGGGAAUCAUGGAUAGGAUUCCAAAUAGAAUUUGUCUAACUUCAGAUGUUUGGACAGCUACUACUAGUGAGGGUUAUAUUUGUUUAACCGCACAUUUUGUUGAUGAUAAUUGGAAAUUAAUCAGUCGUGUUCUUAAUUUUUGUCGAAUGAAACCCCCCCACACCGGUGUUGCAUUGGAAGCCGCGUUGUUUGAUUGCUUAAAGCAAUGGGGAAUAGAUAAGAAAAUAUUUUCUAUUACCUUGGAUAAUGCAUCUAGUAAUGACAACAUGCAAGAUCAUCUGAAAAAGCAUCUCCGCAUGCAAGGUAAUUUGAUGGGUAAUGGUGAAUUUUUUCAUAUCAGAUGUUCAGCUCACAUACUCAAUUUAAUUGUCCAAGAGGGUUUAAAAGUGGCAAGUGAAGCACUACAUAAAAUUAGAGAGAGUGUAAAGUAUAUUAAAGGAUCUGAUGGAAGGAUUGUAAAAUUUGAAGAUUGUGUCAAUGAUGCAGGGUUAAACGUUAGUAGUGGUUUAAGAUUAGAUGUGUCGACACGAUGGAAUAGCACAUAUUUUAUGCUUGAAAGUGCCUUGCAAUAUAGGAAAGCUUUUCAAUAUUUUCAAUUGGCAGACAGAAAUUAUAGACAUUGUCCAUCUGAUGAAGAAUGGGAUAGGGGGGAAAGAAUUUGUCAGUUCUUGGAACCGUUUUAUGAUAUCACAAAUUUGAUUUCGGGUUCAUCUUAUCCAACUUCAAACUUAUAUUUCAUGCAAGUGUGGAAAGUUCAGUGCAUUUUAGAAAAAAAUCAAAAUAGUGUUGAUGGUGUUAUAAAGGACAUGUCUAAGUUGAUGAAAGAAAAAUUUGACAAGUACUGGAAAGAUUAUAGUGAAAUACUUGCGUUUGGAGCUAUUCUUGACCCACGUUUGAAGGAAAAUUUUUUAAGGUUUUGCUACACCAGACUUGAUGCUUCAACAUCUCAAGCUAAGCUUAAGAAAGUGAUGGAUAAAUUUAAAGUGCUUUAUGAAGAAUAUGUGAGCUAUUUUGCUAAUGAAAGUGUUUCCCUUUCUCAAUCUUCCUAUGAGUCUAGCACAUUGUCUAAGCCAUCCAAUGUAGGGAAUAAGACUAAGAAAUCAAAGAUUGCAAUGGACUUACAAGACUUUAAAACAUGGAGCUCAAAUGAAAGUUCUACCCCUGGAAAGAGUGAAUUAGAACUAUAUUUUGAGGAUAAACCCAUGCAACUUGAAGAAGAAAACUCCGAAGAUUUUGAGGUACUCCUUUAUUGGAAGCUUCAUGAGAAAAAAUUUCCAACGCUCUCCAUAAUGGCACGAGAUAUUCUUAGUAUUCCCAUCACUACAGUGGCAUCAGAAUCUUCUUUCAGUAUUGGUGGACGCGUUCUUACCAAAUACAGAAGCUCCACACUUCCUGAACACAUCCAAAUGUUGAUUUGCACUCGAAAUUGGUUGCACGGCUUUACUGAAUAUAUAAAUGAUGAUGAUGAAAGUAAUAUUGUGGACGACUGCAACACUGCGGCGACAAUGACUCAACAUGGAUGAAUGCAACGCUAGGGGCGACUGCAACACUGCGGCGAUAAUGACUCAAAGAAUUUUAUUUUAUAUCUACUAGUAUACUUUUUUCCUACUAUGUGACUGUG